UGUUCAUUGUUUGAUUCGAUCGUGAAAUUUUUCUCAAGUUUUGAUUCGUUUUUUUAUUUCUUUUAGCCAAAUUGACAACAACUUCGAUAUCUAAAAUGGAUGUUAGUGAAAAUGAUAACGUUCCUGAGGUUGGAGCUGCAAUGGAAAUCGAUAGCGAAAUGCAUGAUGUCACGAAAGAUACAAACAAUGGUGAAUCAGUUUUAGCAUCAAGUUCAGUGAUUACAGCUGCUAUUUCUGUUUCAUUACAUCCAUUGGUUAUUCUUAAUGUUUCCGAACAUUGGACACGGAUUCGUGCUCAAGAAUGUGCACAAAAUGGUUUGAAUUGUAAUAAUGGUCAACAACAGCAAACAAAAGUUUUUGGAGCACUGAUUGGUAAACAAAAAGGACGCAAUAUUGAAAUUAUGAAUUCAUUCGAACUUAAAUUGGAUAUAAUCGAUAAUGCACCAUUGGUCGAUAUGGAUUUUUAUCGAUCAAAAGAGGCACAAUUUAAACAAGUAUUUGCCGAAAUGGAAUUCCUUGGUUGGUACACAAAUGGCGAUGCAGCCAAUAAAAACGAUAUGCUAAUUCAUAAACAAAUGGUUGAAAUUAAUGAAAGUUGUUUGUUUUUGAAACUUAAUCCAUUGGGCCGUCAUACUGGUUUGCCGAUCAAGAUUUAUGAAUCAAUCAUCGAUAUGGUUGCCGGUGCACCGACAAUGUUGUUUGUUGAUGUACCAUUUACGUUGGCCACUGAAGAAGCUGAACGUAUUGUUUUGGAUCAUAUGGCUCGAAUGACAUCCACAUCGCAUAACGGAGAAAAUGUCAAUUCCGUCGUUACCGAACAUCUUCGUGUGCAACAUAGUGCCGUUAAAAUGUUACGUGAUCGUAUUAAAUUGAUUUUGGAUUUUGUCAAAGAUGUUAAAAACAAAAAUAUUCCGGCAAAUCAUGAGAUUUUACGUGAAAUAUUAAACCUUUGUCAUCGAUUACCAUUAAUCAGUUCGGAUACAUUUAAUGAAGAUUUUUACAUUCAAUGUAAUGAUGUUGCAUUGAUCACCUAUCUUGGAACGCUUACAAAAUGUUCAAAUUCAAUUAAUCAAUAUGCAAACAAAUUUAAUAUUUUAUUAGAUCGUCCAGGAACUGGACGACGAAUGCGUUUGUAUUAAUUUUAUUCAUUUUUAAUAAAUUGUACAGAAAUAAUUGAAAAAUAA